GAUAAUAUGUCAAUCUAAAUAAAUAAUUCUGAUAAGAGUACCUUUAGAAAAUCUCGACGUGAUCAAUUAGCAAAAUUAAGCGAUAUUUUUAAAGCCAAACUAAUAACAUCAUUAUUUAAUAAGAAAAAGCGAUGGCAACUAAGCCAAUAUUCACAUUUAGACGUGCGGAAAUUAAUGAUAUCCCCGCUGUACGUGAAAUGAUACAGGAAUUGGCUGAUUUCGAAAAUAUGAGCGAUGGUCCGAAGCUGACAGAGAAAGAUUUAAUACGCGAUGCUGGACUUGACGGUGGCCAAGAGCUUUGUCAUAUAUUUGUGCUUGAACUCCAAAGUGAAGAACAGCCCACGGCCGUCACUAUAGGCUAUAGUGUUUGCUUCUACUCCUACUCAACAUGGCAAGGGAAAUCAUAUUUUCUCGAAGAUAUUUAUGUACGGCCCGCAUAUCGUAGGUUGGGCGCGGGCACCUAUUUGUUCCGUUCUGUUGCGGCAAAAGCGAAGGAAUACGGUUGUCUACGUUUGGAUUUCCAUGUGCUUGGCUGGAAUCCAGCGCGUAAAUUCUAUAACCGAAUGGGUGCAGUGGAUAUGACGGAGAGUGAGGAGUGGCUUUACUAUCGAUUGAAUGCUGAACAAAUUGAGAAAUUGGCAAAUGAAUUAUAGUGAUUUUACAAUUAAUGCGAGUUUUUAUAGAAAAAGUAAAUAAUAAGUUUUGUACAGACCACUUAAUGAAAUACAUUAAAAAUUACGCAAAAUCA